AUGUCGGCCCUUAUAUGGGCUAUCGAUCCCUGUUCGCCGUCCUGCGUACUACCGCUGCAAACGGACGUGAUCGAUGCCAAUCUCCGAGGGAUCGAUAGAGCGGCAGAGAUCCGAAUAGCCUACCACCUCGAAAGUUUGGGGCGAAACCAUGGUGCAUUGACCAAGCUAGACGAGAUUGUAGCCGGUGAGUUACCCCUCAGUUAUUUCCCUCACAGAAAAUCACUCAUAACUUCUUCAAUAUCGGUUCAAAUCUCGAUGUUACGGGCUCGAAAUGACGGGAGAAAUGUGUGCUAUCCGUCACACAUUGGUACAAAGUCGACUGGCGGAGUCAUCGUCGAGAACGACGAGGAUUCCUGGGGUAAGUCAUCUCUCAAUUACUCCCCAUCCGAAAAUGACUUCGCAUUUAACCAAUUCCGCGUCGAUUUGAUUAGUAGCGGGCUCGAAUUCAAGGUAUGGCACUGCACUACCAUCCGCGUUAAAGGUUUGGGUCGAAUCGCCCAUGCCGUCCAGGCGAUUGCGUGA